CUAUCCCAAGCUUGCCUUUGGAUAUAAGGCUGCGUCCGUAGAGCAGCAGCCUCCUGGUUCAACAUGGCGAUCCGAUCACCAGCAUCCCCGCCACUGCUACUAGCAGCGUGCUUGCUACUUGCACUCGCCGGAAGACUGCGUGCCGAACCAUGCGAUGCAGUCUACUGGGGCCAAGACGCCUACGAGGGAAGCUUACGAGAAGCCUGUGCCACCGGCUACUACAAGUACGUCCUCAUAGCCUCCCUCAACCAGUUCGGCCACGGCAAGAUUCCACGGUUGAACCUCGCCGGCCACUGUGACCCCACCUUCGGAGGCUGCACUUUCCUGAGCAGCGACAUCAUCUCAUGCCAGCAGGACUACAACGUCAAGGUGAUGCUCUCCCUGGGCGGUGCCUACGGCAACUACCGCCUGGCGUCCAAGAAGGAUGCCAGGAUCGUCGCCACCCACAUCUGGAAAACUUACUUGGCCGGCGAAUCCCCCGACCGGCCCCUCGGGAACGCCGCCUUGGAUGGCAUAGACUUCGACAUCGAGAGAGGGAGCAGAUUCUACUGGGACGACCUUGCUCGCUACUUGAACGCCUACAGCACGCCGGAGCGGAAAAUUUACCUGAGCGCGGCUCCACAGUGCCCCAUGCCCGACUAUUACCUUCAAGCUGCAAUCGACACCGGUCUCUUCGACUACGUGUGGGUGCAGUUCUACGACAACUACUGCGAGUUCUCCCCCAACAACGUUGGCACCUUUCUUCAGGCAUGGAACCAGUGGACUUCCACGAGCGUAAGCAAGGUGUUCCUGGGACUGCCUGCUUCUCCUGAGGCAGCUAGAAGUGGCUACGUCACACCUGAUGACCUCAUAAACAUCGUUCUUCCCUUCGUCAAGAGUUCGCCCAAGUACGGGGGAGUUAUGCUAUGGAGCAGAUACUUCGACACGAUCAAUGGAUAUAGUCCUCUGGUGAAUGACUCAGUGUGUCCUUUGUCAAUGGGGAUUGAGCCAUCGAUGAAGAACGGAACUGUAUCAGUGAACUAAUAUGCUUCUUCGUUAAUCGGGACUAAGUAAGCGCCUACGUAAAAUGUCUCGUAUGGACUACGUGUACUCUCCUGUGUACUACGUGUAAUAUUCUCCAUCAAUAAAAUAAAUACCUGUGUUGGUGAA